ACCGUCUAUUCUCAUUAAAAUAAACCCUAUUAUCUUUCGUAUCAAUUUCUGCCAUUUUCCCAUCCUCACUUUCCCGGAAAAAGAUAAAAGAAAAUCCUCCACACUCACAGUUUAACAAAUGGCGGACGAAAACGGCGUCGUUCCAGUAGAGAACGAGGAAGAUCAGACAACAGAAGCAACAGCUAAGCUGAAACAGAGAAUCGAAUCAUUAGAGAGCGAGAACGAGAACUUAACGGCCGAGAUCGAAUCGUUAAAAUUGAGUAAAUCAGAAUCCGAACAGCAAGCAAAAUACCUAGAAGUAGUUGCUAAAAGAGCAUCGGAGCUGGAAACAGAAGUGUCUCGACUGCAACACGAUUUAGUUUCCGCGAUGAGCGAAGGCGAAGAGGCGAAUAACGAGGUAAAAGAGCUGAAGAAAGUGAUCGGAAUUAAAGAAGGAGAAAUAGAAGAGAUAAAGAAGGAGAAAAUCGAGAUUGAGAAGAAAGUGAGGGAGUUAGAGAGGAAAAUUGGAGUUCUGGAGAUGAAAGAAAUUGAGGAGAGGAGCAAGAGAGUGAGAAUCGAAGAGGAAAUGCGCGAAAAAAUUGAUUUAAAAGAGAAGGAAAUUGUUCAGUUUAAGAACAAAUAUCUCGAACUCGAGAAUGAUUUGGUGCAAUUGAAGGAGGCCUCUCAGGAGAAUGAGAGGAGUUUGUUGGGGAAGAUUAAAGAGGCGCAGGAGAAGCUGGAUGAGACCGAGAUUCUGGCUACUAAAGUGAAGGAGAUCAAUGGGAUUGUAGGUGAAUUCGCAAGGUCGGAAGAGAAGAUUAUGGAUUGGCCAAUGAUUGCUGGUUGUUCAGCUGGUGCUGUUGUAUUUGCUGCUGCUGUGGGUUAUGUUUGCUGUGUUAAGCGAUCUUGAUUGGCGAAUUUCAGUUUUGCUAGGCGAUAUUCGUAAUGGUAAUGGUUUUUAAUUUUGGUGGAGAUUGUUUUUUUUUUUAGCUUUUGAUUUACAGUAAUAUGAAUAUCUGAAUGUUUUAUAUGUUCAAAAGUUGACUUACUUUGGUUUGCUAUGUUGGAAGUAUUACAAAGUUAUCCAACUAACUGCUACUCAUAAUGGAAUUAGUUUUGAUUGGUUUAA